ACGGAAGUGACCACUUCCAUGACCGUUUUGUGUACACUGUCCGGUGGGUGCCGCAGAAAUAGUUCAGGAUGUGAAGAGAGAAAACCACCAGCUUCUGCUGAGAUCUUCUGCAGUUUAUCCUGAAGGUUGGUGGAAAUUUACCAUGUGCAAAUUGUCAAGAUGACGACAAUUGUCCAUGAUGCUUCGGAGUCCGUGCUCCUGUGUCGAGAAUACAACCUGUACAUGAAACCCAUCGCCAAGAUGACCAUCAGCGUGUCACUUCCUCAGCUCAAGCUGCCCGGGAAAUCCAUCUCUAACUGGGAGGUGAUGGAGCGCCUGAAGAGCAUGGUCCACCCUGAGCAGUUUUCCUCACUCCGGAUCUCCAAAAGCACCAUGGACUACAUCCGCUUCGAGGGCGAGGCGGAGAACAAGAGUGCCGUCAAACGCUUUUUAACCAACUUGGAUGGGAAGAGUAUCAAACUCAGCGGCUUCACCGAUGUCCUGAAGGUGCGUGCUGCUGAGACUAAGAUGGACUUCCCGACGCGUCAUGACUGGGACUCGUUUUUCCGAGACGCUAAGGACAUGAACGAGACCGUCCCGGGAGAGAGACCGGACACCGUCCAUCUCGAAGGACUUCCCUGUAAGUGGUUCGCGCCGAAAGACACUUCAUCAGACAAACCUUCAGAAGACGUCCUGAAGUGUGUGUUUGAAAAAUUUGGGAAGAUCCGAAACGUCGACAUUCCCAUGCUCGAUCCAUACAGGGAGGAAAUGACGGGAAAGAACUUUAACACCUUCUCCUUCGGUGGCCAUUUAAACUUCGAAAGUUACGUCCAGUAUGAGGAUCACACGGGGUUCGUGAAGGCGAUGAGCUCACUACGGGGUAUGAAGCUGCUCUACAAGGGCGAGGACGGGAAGGCCAUGGCCUGUGGGAUUAAGGUGAGCUUUGACACGACCAAACACCUGAGUGACUCCUCACUGAAGAAGCGACACCAGGAGCGUCUGAAGCUUCAGGAGCUGGAAAGGCAGAGAGAGGAGCAGAAAAGAAGAGAAAAAGAGGAGGAGGAGAGGCGCAGGGAGGAAGAACGAAAACAGCGCGAGCUGGAGGAGGAGGAGAAGGAAAAGCGGAGAGAGGAGAAGCUGCGUAAAAGAGAGCAGAAGCUGAAGGAGCGGGAGGAAAAGAAGAACCAGAAGAAAGUGAAGAAGCAGCAGGAGGAGGAGCAAAAGAAACUUCACCAGAAAAUCGCCAUGGAGGAGAGGAAGCUGUUAUUAGUGCAGAGGAACCUCCAGUCUAUUCGGCUCAUUGCUGAGCUGCUGAGCAGAGCCAAGGCCAUGAGGCAGCAGCAGCUGGAGCAAGAGAAGGCAGAACUCGCACGCUUGCACAAAGAGGCAGAAAUUCAGCGUCAGCAGGAGGCGGAGCUUCGGCGUAAACAGGAGGCGGAGCUAAGGCGGGUGGAGGGUGAAAAGGCUCGAGCUCUGGAGCUCCAGAGGAAAGAACGAGAGCUGAGGGACAGAUUGCUGGAGAACCUUCUGAAAAAAAGCACCAACCAGGAGGCGGGGUCUAACGGUGAGGAUCAGAAGUGGGAGGGGCCCAGUACUGAACCGCCUCAGAUGGAGGAGCCAAACAGAAUCGGCACCACUGUCACUAGGGAUCACCACCAGAGCAAAUCGAGGAAAGAGGAGGAGCGAGGAACCUCGAGAGAAUGGAACCGCGGCUCUGGGAGGAGCCGAACCCGGAGUAGGAGUGGCCAGAGGAGGAGUAGGAACAGACGUUACCGAAACGGUCACAGCCAAAGUCGAAGCGGGAGUGGUCAGAGACGGAGCAGGAGGUCCGGGCAUGGGCGGAGCUUGAGCAGGAGUAGGAGUCGAAGGCGGCAUAGUCGGGAUAGGAGGGGCCACAGAAGAAGUGGGCGGAGCCAUAGGUACAGCCAUGGGUGGAGUAGCAGCAGCAGUAGUAGCGGGAGGAGCAUGAGUCGCUCUUCCAGUCGAGGGCGGAGUCGGCGAUCCAAACGACACUGAAUGCUGAACAAAGUAAUUAAAAGAUUGAUUAAAAGCAAAAAAUAUGCUAAUGAUUAGCGUUAAUAUUGUGAAUGGUGUUAAUUUGCACGUGGUGCUGCUUAAAAACCUCAGAGUCACUUCAGCUGGAAGCUACAGAAAAAAACACUGAAGAUUGCAACAGAAUUUAGCAUGGGACUGCUGUGAGGCUACACGGCUAGGGUUUUUAUCACGGAAACAGGUUUACGCUAAGCUCCUGAUACACCAGUUCAAUCUAAUGUAAUUGUAAUGCGCUUUAAACAAUGGACAUUGUUUCAAAGCUGAUUUACAGAAAUAUAGAAACAGAAAAACAUUGUUUUCCAGUGAUAAGGUUAGCGUCUUCCUCCUGACUCAUCCAACCUUUUAAAGCACAAUCAUAACUCACUCCAGAUUACUAGUUUAUUACGUUUAAAUGCUUCCUCCAUGUUGAUUACACUAGCAUGCUAACUGUGUACUGCAUUUGGGAGGUGUUUACACAGUAUGUCUGAACCGUAGCUGAAGUCAGCACCAUGUGGGUGACUGUUACGUGUUGUUAACUUGAGCAGUGGAUCGACUCUGAUCUGUCUUCAGUGUUACAGAGACACUAAUUAUACAAACUAACAAGCAAACUCAGAACAACUCCUAUCUCACACACACACACACACACAGAGCAAGCCUGCUGGAAUGAGAUGAAGACACUCGACACCUUUAUACUCAAAAAACAUUUGUUGUUGCAUUAGUUUGAGUUUUUUGCAGCAACGUGAUGGAGAAUGCUGAAGUCCACCUCAGACACUCGCUAAGCAGGAGGCGGAGCUUAAUAAAGCUCCAGACAGUAGACUUUUUGAAAGGUCAGUGAUUCAGAGUGUUACGUUUAUCGCUAAAACACACAAGAAGUGACAGCAUGAGGAAUUUUACUGACUGAUGAGCAUUCUUGGAUCCUGGAGCGAGGAACGGAGUGAUGAAAGGUCAUGUAGAUUUAAUCCCUCAGUCACAAACCUGCUCAUACUCCAUCAUACUCUCAGUCUGAGGAGUUUCUUCCUGACAUCAUAGGGUAUAGUCUAGACGAGCGAUUCACUAAGAGCUAGCCAGUUUGCUAAAGGCAGGACAGCACUAAUACCGGGCCUCAGCUAUCGAGCCGAUAUGAACAGAUUCACCUGUAAAUUGCUUAUAUACGAGUGUUCACACAGGAAAUCCUUAAAAUCGGAUCAUUUCAGAAAAAAGCUCCUGCUGUGUUCCUUUGACAUCACUCUUCAGGUCUUUCAGGUGCUCUUACGCUCUUAAUGAUAUGUUCAUCAGCCCAACGUCCUCAGAGACAUUCUCCUCUUGUCUUUAGCUCGUCAUUUCAGCUGUUAGCUUCACAUUUUAUGGCGGUGUGUAGGCGAUUACAUGCAAAUCAGCCAUGCGGCGGAUCUGCCUGCUAACUCACACUUGACCGAGAUGCUCAGCAUUUACUAAUCUUAGUCCAGUUUGUUUUAUACACGACUUCACAAACAGAUGGAAGCUGUGAUGAAGCUCAGUGAUGAGUUGCUUUCUCCACACUUGUGUACUAAGGUGUGUGUUAAGGAUUUUUGUGAACUCGGGUUCACUUUGUAAUGCUGUGUUAUCAUGACGUUCUCACACUCUGUCUGUCCCUGAAGGUCUGAAUCUCUCGGUACAAUCAGGAUCCUCACCUCUUUUCCUUUCGCAUGUUUCCUGCUUUUAGACAAAAGCCAAAGAUAUUUGUUGGUUUUCUGUAUUUUUUUUUCCUAUAAAUAAAAAUAAACCACUGAUAUUCUGAGAUUGUAAGGAUAAAAAUGUUUUGCUGCUUGAAUGUAAGAGACUUGUUUCAGUGCAGAGAAGAUCUCAGCUUCCUUUAACAUUGAAGUCUUGUGUCUUCUGACCUCUGAGGGUUUUUGUGUUGCUGUUAAAUCGGAUCGAGUUCCUCCUGCAGGUUUAUCCUUAGGAAUGUUUGUGUUAGGCAGAUUUUUUUUAUUGUUCAUUUUGGCUGUUUAAUUUGAACAGAAUAAAUAAAUCUUCUCCAAAGUCAAUA